ACUGACACAGAAACCAUCUGGGGAAUGAAGGAAAAAGUUGCAGGAGUUUCCUUUCCAGGCUUCCUUCCCUGUGAGUGUGUUUUGGGUGAGAAGUGGAGGCAGAAUCCAAUUGUUCAGUCUUUGUGUUGGGUUUUCCCUCUGUGCUAUUCCUCUUUCUCCCCAGCACAAUGACUCCUGUCUGGAUUGUCUCUCUCCCAGCACAUCAUGAAAGAGUGAGUGAGAAUGAAGAGGAGAAUCAUGAUGCAGAAGUUCCUGGGUUGGAAUUGGAGACUCCCUCACUGGUUCCUCUAAAGAAGAACCCCAACGUUGUAGUGGUGUCUGAAAAAUACAACCUGAUGCCGAUGAAGAGACAGAGCACGUCCGCCCCCUCUGGAGACAACCCACCAUUAGAGAAGAAAUGCAAGCCUCUGAACACCACCCCGAACAGCACCAAGGAAAUCAAAGUUAAGAUCAUCCCCGUGCAAUGUGAGUACAUUGAGGCCCCGGCGACUGGGGCGUAG